UCAAUACGGUCGUAUCUUUUGUCAACAAUAGUCGAAACGAUUCGUUGAACUUCAAAUUUCAAAUAAAGAAAUUAAUCUGUAUAUCCACAUACUGCAGAAAUGUCUGGUAACACGGGAAACGAUGAUUAUUGGAGCCAACCGAUUCAGAAUCAAUAUAAUUUUGAUCCCUCCAGUUUUGGACAACCUACGGAUAAUCAACAAUUCGAGUUUCAAACGUACAGUGACCAACAAUCCGGAGUUUAUUCGCCUUAUAAGCAAAAAGAUUAUCUAGAUCCUACUCAAAAUGUAUUUGGUGGUGAUAUGUACCAUCAGGAUAACUUUACAAAAGGGUCUGCUGGAUUUGUAGAUGAAGAAGAGGAGCCACCACUCUUGGAAGAAUUAGGCAUAGACCCUGAUCGAAUAUUACAAAAAAUAUUAGCCGUUUUAUACCCAUUUCAUAGCAGGGGACAGAUAGACGAUGCAAAUUAUUUACUUCAGGAUUCUGAUUUAGCAGGUCCAGUAGCAUUCUGUUUAAUGCUAGCUGGAUUUCUCUCCUUAGCUGGAUCUAAAUCACAGUUUGGUUAUGUUUAUGGUUUAGCAAUGACAUCCUGUAUUGUAAUGUACAUUCUCCAGUCAUUAAUGAGUAAUUCUAGUAAUAUUACAUUAUCUUCUGUAGCAUCUGUACUUGGUUACUGUUUACUACCCAUAGUAGCUCUUGCUGGUUUUAGUAUUUUUACAACUUUACGUGGCCCAAUAGGUUUAGUCCUUGUAAUAUUUGCAGUAGCUUGGUCAACAAUUUCAGCAUCUAGACUUUUUACUACUAUGUCAGGAGAAGAAAAUCAACGUUUACUUAUUGCGUAUCCUUGUGCUCUCCUUUAUGGAGUUUUUACAUUAAUAGUAAUGUUUUAAGAAAAAUGUAUAUACCUCUCGAAACUAUUAGUAUAACAGGUAUUUUCAUUGAAUAUCUGUAGGAGCCGAGAAAAAAUACGAGGGACCAAGCAAGAAUAAAACCCGCGACCUCCGGCCGGCAAACCGGGAGUCUAUACACAUAACCUAGGUGCCCUCUUAAUUUCCUUGUUAUAUGCUCUUUUUUUUGUUGGUCAUGAAG